AUGUUUCAUGGCGCCAAAGGACCUUUAUUGAUUGAACGUAUUGGUCAUUUACUCUCUGUCAAUUAUGGCGAGAAAGAGGAACGAAAACGAUGGGCCACACAAGGCAUAAGUUAUUUACAAGAGGUCCAGUGUACAAGCACUCCCUAUUUAGAAAUUUUAAUAGAAGAGAGCGGGUUAAGACCUGUAAGCCAACUAAAUAGCCAGCUGGUAAAUAUACCUCAUUUUUCAUUGCUUGGAGGGUUUGAUGAAAACAUUGCACGAGAUAUAAUUUCACAUAAUUUUCAGAACGCAAUAUUUAAAAUGGAGUCACAAGAGGUUCCAUUGACUAAACGAUAUCAGCAUUUAGAGAAAAUCACUCAAAUAUUCUUACUAUGCAAGAAUUUUAAAGGCAUUGAAGAAAUAGAGUAUAAUGUGAAAAGCAUUAUUCAAGGCCAUGAGAAUUAUGAUAUAUCAAACCCCACAGUAAAAGAUUGGAGAAGUCAUGAAGUUGCUCAAGAAGAUUUCUUCUCACUUGUUAGAAUACAAAUGAUGCUUUGCGUCUCGUAUUUCUUACAAGAAAGAUAUUUUGACUGUUGUACAAAAUUUUUUACAAUGAUGGAUUCAGAACCUUUAACAUUGAAAGUUCUUUCAGAACACCUAGACAGCAUGAAUUUUAUAUCGAAAGAGGAAUUUAUAAUGAUGGUGAAUAUAUCCGUACUUAUUUCCAUACCUUUGGAUAAUUAUGAUGAUUUUAUCUAUUUGAGUGAUUUAAAGCAAUAUUUCCAAAUGGCACCACUAUUGGUUAAUUGUCUCGAAUUGUUGAUAAAUACUAAUUUUAACAAAUUUUUCAAAAUUUGGCAUGGUGAAAUAAAUAGGAUAUGCGUGGAAAGCCUUUUUUUGGAACCCAGCUGGUCAUCGUCGGCUGCUGUUAUUAUGAGAUGCAAAAUAUAUUUUUUUUACCUGAGGAUAUCAAAAAAGCUACAGUUUUCUUAUUUAUCAUCUACACUAGGUAUUAAUUUGGAAGAUAUUAAGGAAGAAUUAACAAAUUUGAUAUUAUCAGGACAGCUAAAUUUCGAAAUCAAUGAUGACGUGAUACAUUUUGAGGAUAGUUCUAUCUUACAAAGUAUCAUCAACGAAAUUAGCAGAAAUGGCACCACGAUAAACGACGUUAUACAUAAGCUGAAAAAUGAAAACACGGAUUUGAAAGACAUUAUUCAAAGUAACCCUCUGAGGUAUACCAGUGUAAACAAUGCAGCAACUAUCAUUAAUAAUGAAAGCAGUGAGGAUAUGGACAUAGAUGAAGUUAACAAUAGAAGUGAUAUUAGUGAUUCGGAAGGGGGUUUGUUUGAAUGUUGA